AUGUCGAGCAUGGAGCCGUGUGCGUUCGAGCGGCUGCUGGGUGCAGUGCCGGCGGUGCUGGAGGCGCUGCCGGAGGCGUCACUGCGCGCCGUGGGGGCGACGAGCUGGACGGCGCUGGUGGCGGCGCUGCGGCACGCGCCGCUGCGGGUCGAUCUCGAGCCCAAACCUGGAGGCGCCAUUUGCAAGCUUGCGGAUGUGCUGGGCCAGCCAGGGCGACAGCCGGCGGCGGGGACGGUCACGUGCACGGAGGGGAAGUACCCGCGCGUGGCGGUCGCGGCGGAUGAUGCGCGCGCCCUGUUCUGGAGGGCCGCUGAGAGGCCCGGCACGGUGGAAGACAUGGUUUCGUUCACCGCGCGAGACGGCGGGCCGCUGCGGGUGCGGGGCUUGCGGAGCCGGUGGCGCGACUUCGUUGAGGCGGCAGAGCCAGCUCGACCACGCAACAUGGGGCACCACGACGUGGAGCUGCGGUGGUGGCUGGAGGUGGAGAGCAAGCAUGGGGCAGCGUACACGGGGGCGCUGCGGCGGACGCUGGAGCGGGCGACGGUGCGGGAGCACGUGGAGGAGGUGUCGCUGUGGGAGUGUCCGAUGCGCGGGGCGCAGGUGGCGACGCUGGCGCCGGCGCUGGCGGGGCUGGGGAGGCUGCGGUGUUUGCGUCUGUGGAAGCACACGUUGCUGGACGACGAGGGGCUGGCGGCGCUGGCGGGGGUGGUGCGCGGGCAGGGGGGGCUGCGGGAGCUGGCGGUGUACAAGUCGGGCGGCGACAUGCUGCCGCUGAUCGACAGUGUGGGGGAGCACCCGGCGCUGGAGGUGCUGGAGGUGGUGGUGAGCGAUCACAGGGAGGCGGAGGGGGCAGCGCUCGGGGCGGUGGCGGGGAGGAGCAGGGCGCUGCGGAGGCUGGCGGUCGGACAGAGAAGAGGACAGGAUUCGGGGUUCGUGCAAGCGCUGGUGUCGGCGCUCGGCGAGGUCCUGGGUGCGAACGCGCACCUGCGCGAGCUGGACCUCAGCGUCACAGCACUUGAAGACGUGUCUGUGGCGGGUUUGAUGGAGGGUCUGGGCAAGAACACCACUUUGGAGGUGCUGGACCUGUCGCAGACCGAACUGGACGAUGAGGGCUUCGAGGAGCUGGCUUCGGCGCUGUCGGGGCAGUGCGCGGUGCGGGAGCUGAGCCUGCGGGGCGCUGACCUGUAUGGUGAGGACGUUCCGCGUGCGUUGUGGGAGAGGUCGUGUCUGACGCGGUUGGACUGCCAGGACGCCAGCUUCGGCCAUGACUUCGUGGACCAUCUGGCGCGGGCGCUGGAGAGCGGGGCGCUCGGGCGGACGCUGGAGGUGCUCAACCUGUCGCAGACCGAAUGGAACAACGACGCUGACACCUAUACAGCCUUUGCGAAUGCACUCGCCAGGAACAGCGAGUGCGCGCUGCGGGAGCUCAACUUGAGUGGAUGCCUCGUCAAUGACGACACUUACGCUGCACUUGGGCAGUUGCUGAGCAACAACGGGCCUCUGCGGGUGCUGGACCUGAGUGACGACGACAGUGGCUGCAUGCCGGACUGCGAAACUGUUGUCGCGCUGGUUGCUGGGCUGCAGAACAACACGACGCUGCGUCGCCUGGCCGUUGCGAGGGGGCACAUCGGGCGGCGCGGCGCCAUCGCCCUCGCGGAGGCCCUCGGAGAGACCUCGGCGCUGGAGGAGCUCGACUUGAGCUACCAGCUCGAAAUCGACCAUGUUUGCCACGUGGUCGGCCUAUAUGGUUUCCGAGAGCGCGAGCCCUUCGACGAGUCGACGGCGGCCGCGUUCGCCGCUGCGGUGGACCGCGGCGCCGCGCUCCGGAGGCUGGACCUGCGCGGGGACGUGAUGGGCGCGAGGGGCGUCGGGGCAGUGCUGGACGCGAUGGCGCGGCGGGAGCCGAGCGUGUCGCGCGUGCUGCUGGCGAGCAUUCCGCCCAUGCAACACGCGGCGCAAGAUUGGCUGCGGGAAGCGAGGCAAGGGCUGUACGGACGUGCCCAGCCACAGCACGUGCAUUUCGACUGGGAGGAGUAA